AUGAAAAAGGGUAGCUUCUAGAUUUUGCAAAAUAACAACAGCUUAUCUUAAAAUGAAUCAAAUUAAUCCCAAACAAUUAAUCAUGCAAAUAUUACAUAAAAUGAAAGAAUUAUGUAAAAGAGAAAGUCUACAAUAUCAAAUUUUUCUAAACCAAGCCAGUUUGGAACAUCAACUUAAAUAGAAAAUGGAUUUCUUCCUCCAGCAGGAACUUAUUCGACUCUCCAAAGGAGUAAACUUGGUGAGAAUCUGCCAAAAAAUUAACUUAAAUUAAUGAAUAGAAAUAUAACUGUUUAGUAUCUAAGGAAAAAAUAAUUAGAUGAAGCUAUUUAAAUGAAAUAGAGAUAAAUGUUUUUAGAUGCUUAAGCAGAGUAUCAAAAAUAAAAGAGUCCUAAAAAAAGAGCUGAUGAAAAUAAACUAAACAACACUUUAAAGUUAAGUUAAGCCUCUACUUAUGGUUUUCCUAAUAAAAGAAUUAGUCAAUCUGCUAAAAGCUUUAAAAGAGAUCCAAAUAUUUUAUACGAAGGAACCAGAAAUCUAACUUCCGAAACGCUAGCUAAAUUAGAAAGUCAGAAAUACAAAUAAAAAGAUAAUGAUUUUAAUGAGAUAGUAAAAAGCUCUGCUGAUAACGAAUUAUAAUAUUAUAGAUUUAGGAAUCCUAAAACUGUGGAAAUAGAGAGGAAAGGAAGAAUACAAACAUUCAUUUAUGACAAAAAAGUUUAAAAUAGACUAAAAUAUUCUGACAGAAGUAAAAUCAAUACUACCGCUCUACCUGUUCCUAAAGGUUCGAUAUCUGUUAUGCUCAAUGUAGCAAAGAAGGACUAUGGAUUUAAUUUGGAUAACUUUAAGAAGAAGAUUCCUGCUAAAUCUAAAUUCAAAAUGAAAUGGAAAACAAUUUAAUGGCUUUUAUAAAACAAACAAGAUGUUAUAAAGCAGUUAUUUUCUAACUACUCUUUGAUGCUUAAAUUUGCCAAAAAUAAAAAAGAAGGCAUGGAUAGAGCUGAGUUCGGAGAAUUACUCAGUUAUGUCGGUCUUGGAGCUGAAUAAAAUCUGGGAGACAAACUUUUUUAUAUUUUCGAUGAUGAUAAUUCAGGCACUGUGGAUUAUAAGGAGUUAAUUAUAGGACUCGAAAUGUUUAAAGAAAAUAGUAUUGAUGAUAAAUUGAGAGUGUUUAUGGAAUUAUGUGAUACAGAUGGGAAUGGAAAUAUUAAUCCUGACUAACUUUAUAAUGUGCUUAAGCAGAACUUAUUUACUCAUGAUGAUAAAGUUAAAUUAAAAGGUAUAGUGAGAUAAAUAUUUAAAGAAUGUGAUACAAAUGGUGAUGGAGUUUUAGAUAAAGAAGAGCUCUAUAAAGCCACGUCAACAAACACUCUGCUUCUAGCUUUACUCGAUGAGUCAGUUAAAAAUGUAAAAAGAGUAGAUUAAAUUAUAGAAAAUGAUUUAGAAGAACCUUUCCAUUGCUGGGUUCCUAUCUCUGCUAACUUUGUAAAUUAUAAAGAAGGAAUACAUUUUGGCCUUGUUAAUAAGUUGCUUAAAGUAGUUGAAAAUGUAGAAAAUGGGUAUUAAUUUAGAAAAGACACAAGGUAAAAAUUUAAAGAAGCCUUAAAUAUGGGAAAAACUUAAAAGGAGUUAGAAACACUCAAAGAAGAUUCGUUAAACGAGUCUUACAUUGAUGAACAAAACUGA